AAACCAUUGUGCUGUUAUGCUUACUUGAAGAAUUGUGCUUUCGUUAUGCUUGUAUGCAUUAUAUGGAAAACUUGUAAUGACUGGUUGUCUAAUUAAUCUGGAUGUCCUAUUAAACGUUAGGGACUUGUAUGAGUCACGACCUUCAAUUGUAGGGACUAUUAUGGGAUAGUAAUCAAAUGUAAGGGACUAUUAUGUAUCACGAUUAUAAUGUCAGGGAUCAUUAUGUGUGUACAAUGUGUAUAAUGUUUACUGAAUCUGGCAGGGACUGAUAUCAGCAGUGAAAGUGGUGAUGCCUGAUGUGCAUCACCGUUUCUACGUCUGGCAUUUAUGGAAAAAUUUCAACAAGAAUUGGAAGGACUUACAGCUAAGGGGACUUCUGUGGGAAUAUGCAAGGGCAACAACAUACCAAGAAUUCAGGGAUGGAAUGGAGAAGAUCAAAAGGUUAAAUGAGGAUGCUUGGGCAUACUUAGAGAAGUGGCCGAUGGAUGCUUGGACCAGAAGCUUAUUCAGCCAUAAGCCGAAGUUGGAUAGCAUCUGUAACAAUGCCUGCGAAGUGUUCAAUGCUAAGAUCAAGGAUGCAUGAGCCAAACCCAUCAUAACAUUGCUGGAGGAGGUAAGGAUGUUUGUUAUGCGUACCAUAACGAAAAACAAGGUAAAGCUGCAGAAUCACACUGGGAAGCUCACACCUGUUAUAAAGAGCAGGCUGGAAAAGGUUAGGAAAGAAUCCAAGCAUUGGAAGCCUAUUUGGACUGGGGAUAACGGAUACGAAAAAUUUGAGGUGCACGGACAUCCAACUAACCAUGUUGUGGACAUAGGAAAAAGAUUGUGCACAUGCCAAUUUUAAAUGCUAACGGGUAUUCCGUGUGUGCACGCUUGUGCUACCCUCUCUCGUGUGAAUAAGCAGCCAGAAGACUUCUGUCACAGAUGGCUGACCAUAGACUCAUACAAGGAAACUUAUAACCACCACAUUAAUCCAAUUCCGGAUCAACCAAUGUGGGAAACAGCAGAGGACUGUAACAGGCCAAAUGCCCCUAAAAUCAAGACAAAACCUGGAAAACUAAAGAUGAAGAGGAGGAUGGAUGCGGAUGAGAAUAGUGGUUUUGGAACUAAGAAGCCUAAAGUUGACCCAAAACUCUCAGGCAACACUGCAGAUAGUGUACACCUAAAGAGACAGCUGGGUGCCUUUACAUGCAGUUACUGUGGUGAUAAGGGGCAUACGAAGAGAGGCUGCAAAAAGAAAAGAGAUGCUGAUGCUGCUACUGCUGCUGCUGCUGCAGCCGCUGCCGCCGAGGCGACUGAGAAGAAGAAAAAUGAUGAAGUACAUCCUCUGCCUGAGCAUCCUGUUCAGCAGCCCCAAGACGAUUCUGGCCAAGCAGAUUUGGAUCCUGGACCAAAAAGACCAUCGAAGCUGUCACCAAGAAGACGAUUCUCUAUGCUUCCAACCGCACCAACAGUGAAUCCCUUGCAGGGUGCAUCUUCAGCAACAUCUUCAAAGUUUACCAACUUGAUGCAGUUCAUCCCAACGCCAGGAUUUAAGCCACCAAGAAAGAAGAAUUGAAUACUUUAGAUAUAUGUACUUAGGAGUUUCUGUUUUGUUUUUUGUUAUUAGUCUUUUUCCAUCGUAUAAUGACUAGAUGGUGAACUGUGAUGCAAAGACCUUUUUGGUAUGCCUUGGCCUUGCUUUUGAAGAAACUACAGAUAGCAGCAUAAUGGUUUCUAGGCUGCCUUUUACAGUCAGCUUUUGUUGUUUUUUUAUAAACAAUGGAAUUUAUGGAAUUUAUCUUAACAACAAUUUCAUAGUUAACACCACUUUUCAUUCCAUCAAGAAGCAGAUUUUUACAACUGUUGAUAACAAGGAACCCAAAACCACCAAUUCAUUCAUCAUUUACAAUACAGGAUCACCAACAACACUGUCAAUACACACACAGCUAACACUAACAACUGGGUAAUCAUUUUUUGCAUAUGGACAUCCUCCUGCAACCUUCAAAGCCUCCAAUCAAAGUUGAUCUUCACUUCAUCACCAGACGAUUCUGACUUUUCAACCUGCUCCUCAUUCAUAGAAUCUGCCCACACAAAAAGCCCGCACCAUCUCUUCCCACUUGUUUGUAACCAAUAAAGGAUCAAAGUUUAGAGAGGAACAGCACAAGAACAGUCAGGGGAGGAGAAUAAUAACAACACAAGAAUAGUCAAGGGAGGAGAAUAACAACAACACAAGUGAUUAUUCUAACCUACAUUAUAAUUGGGGCAGCCAUAGAACGGUUUAUUCGGAUUCGAAUAUGUGCCAGACCAUCUGAGAACUGGCCUACAGCCACAGCCGCACCAUUCUGGCGGGGCCGAUCUUCUGCUCUUCGUUUGCGUUCUAGUCCGGUUCCAGCUAGAUGGGGAAUGAACAGAGCUUUCACCUGCAGUGCUACCUCCACCCAUCAUCGACAUGAGUAGCAGCCCUGGAUGAGAGUGCAUGAACAGGAAGAAGUGCAUGGAAGAAGAAGAAGAAGAGGUGAGCAAGACGAAGAGGGGAGGUGUAUGAGAAUUUGGGGAUUUAGGGUUACAUAUACUAGGAGGGACCAAUCUGGGUAAAAAUUGGAACUUAGCCAGCUCAGCUAGCCGUUGGCAGCCUUCCAGCGUGGCAAUCCUAGGCCACGUCAGCGCUCCGGUGAUGAGUCAUUACCUGAAAUAUGGUCAGGGACUAGUUUGAGUGCUCGGAACUCUAUUUAGAGGACUACAAUAGAAAAUUCGAGAUCUUAAGGAUUACUAUGAAUAAUUGCGUGAAUCUCAGGGACUACUAUGAGUAUUUACUCAUAUUCCUAUUGUUUAUUUAUGCUUCAUGUAACACUUUGGGACAGUGAACAGCACACAACACAUUCUAGUUUCUCUGGAAAUGACAACAAACUGUUAAAUGCUAUUUGCUUAUUGG